GGCCCGCAGCAGCAGCCAGCCCACAGUCCCAAAAUAGUCCAGGUCCUAACACUGGGACAGAUAAAAAUCAGCUGUCACCGAGACCACAGGACUAGAAAGACUUUGGCCAUUGGCUUUCAGGAAGAGAGGAGACAGACUGGCACACACGUCGCUGGGGCCUGAACAGUGAGUUAAACAGCAGAGCUACAAGGGAAGGUAACAGUGAGCAAGGCUGGAUGGUGCUUCAACAAUAAAUACAAUUCAUCAAAGAGCAAAGGAGACACUUCAACAGGACAACCCAGAGACAGGAUAUCUGCUUCCUCCUCAGUGAAAGACAGACUAGCUCUAUAUCUGUCGAGAACAGCAACCAUUGACUCAGUGGGAAGCUCAAAACAGCCACAGGAAUUUCAAGGAACUUCACGAACAAAGGCUAAAACCAGCAAGAUGGCAGAUGCAGAAAGGAAAAUCGCAGUUUCACAGUCAGUCCACGACGAGGAUGACUUGCCUCCUCCCCCGCCUCCUCCUGUGCCACCUAGACCCUUUGAUUAUGAAGAGCCAACGACUCUGAGUAGCCUCCCUGUGCCUCCACCUAAAGAAACCUUCUCCAUGUUCUACCAGCAGCAGCAAAAGAAUGAGCUGAAGAGGCUCUUCAAACAUAUCCACCCUGACCUGCGAGCAAGUCUCGAUGAUGUUGCUGAUGAUGAGAUAAUGCGAGCAGUGCAGUCGGAGAACACUCAGGCAGCAGACGCAGCCUAUCUGGGAGAAGUUCAGUCCAUGAGGUGGAUCUUUGAAAACUGGACUCUGGACAAUAUUGGAGAUCCUCAUGAAACCAAAAAACUCCUGGAUAGUGAGGAGUUAAAAGGUGGAGAUGUCAGAAGCACCUCUACAAUGUUUGAGCACAUUGAUAGCACCCUGCACAUACCAGCUAAAAGACAGAUGUCUGUCAUGGGGGAUGUGAGAACAUCCACGUGGUUGUUCGAAACCCAGCCGUUAGAUUCUCUCAGUAAAUCCAAAGGUGAAGAGGGUGAACUGGUGGAGGCACUUCUGAAAGAACCCAUACAGUCUGGAGAUGUAAGAGGGACUCGGCUUCUCUUUGAGUCCAAACCGCUGAGCGACUUGGGCCGAUGCAAUUCCAUCGAAGACUGCAGCGUCCUGAAACUGAUGUCUGAGCUUCAGGAGCAGAAAGGAGAUGUCAGGAAAACUGUGAAACUGUUUGAGACGGAACCAUGCUGCGCCAUCAGAGACAACAGCGGCAAUAUCCACGAGAUUAAGUCCAUCUGUAGGGAGGAGAUCGAUAGUGGCAAGCUCCACACUGCCCGGUGGCUUUUUGAAACCCAGCCUUUGGACAUGAUUAAUAAAGGAAGUGAUGGAGUGAAAAUAAUACGGGGUAUAUCUCUGGAGGAGGGGCACAGAGGAGGUGUUGACCAGAAAAGGUGGAUGUUUGAAACUCAGUCAUUUGAUGCAAUUCAAGAGGUUGCAGGAGCAGAUACCUUUGAAGGAAUAGAGGUCGGCAACGCACGAGAAGCGGAUGUUGUCAACAAAAAGAAGCUGUUUGAGAUGCAACCCAGAAUAGAUUCAGGAGAAAAGUCUCUGGAGAAAGAAGCAAUUAUUGGGGGAGAUGUCAAGUCCUCUAUGUGGCUGUUUGAAACUCAGCCCAUGGAGGCUCUUAGUGAUAAUUAUGAAGUAGGGCGUCUGAAGAAAAUUACCCUUUCAGCUGGAGAACAAGGAGAAGUGAAAGGCAAAAAACUCAUAUUCGAAAAGGGCAGCUUUCAGAAGAACACUUCAUUUAAAGAACAAGAGAUUGAAAAGGGUGAUGUGAAGGGAUUCAAACAGCUUUUUGAGACAAUCCCCUUGAGUAAAAUUGCUCGGUUAGAGGAGGAGAUGGCUGAAAGGCAGGAAACCAUGUCAGGUAACAAGGCAGUGAUGGAGACCAACCCGCUAUACACAAUAAAGGACAGCUCUGGAAACCUCCAUGAGGUCACAACAGUCAGCCGGGAGGAAUUCAUCAGGGGGAAAGUCAAAAACUACAAGUGGAUGUUUGAGACCAAGCCUUUAGAUCAGGUGGCAGAUGGGAAAGAUGUUGAGGUCAUCAAAGGAAUCACCAGACAGGAGGACAACACAGGGGAUGUAAAGACAGCAAAGUGGCUUUUUCAAACUCAGACCAUUGAUGGAAUCCAUUGCAAGUUCAAUCGAACAGAGCAAAGCUCUUCAGUUGAAAAGGAGCCUUGCAAAGGUGAUGUCAAGACCUGCAAAUGGUUAUUUGAGACACAACCAAUGGAUAUGCUGUACGACAAACCGGAAAGCAUCAAGGAAAAAGACUCCAUUGACAUGAAUGUCAAGUCUAUGACUUGGCGUUUUGAGUCACAACCCGUGGACAGCAUCAGAGAUGGUGAGCCAUACAGUUUGAAGUUGUGUAGCACCAAAAAGGACUCUGUCAAACCAGAGGUGGCUGUUCAAACAGUAAAACAUCUAUUUGAAACAGAGACUUUGGACAGAAUAAGAAAAGAUUCAGACACAGAACAAAACCUGAGAUGCAUCAGCCAGGUCAACUUUCAGUCAGGAGAUGUGUUACGUGUCAAAGAACUUUUUGAGUCCCAAUCCCUUGAUGAAAUAGGGUCAGAAAUUCUAUCUACAACUCAGGGACAGAACCAAGAUGAACAUGCUGAAAAAGGUUCAGUACAUAAAGUUACAUGGAUGUUUGAGAACUGUCCUAUGAACCAGCUUAAUAAAGAUCAAGAUGAGUAUGGAGUAGGAAUGGAGAAAGUUGGAGUUCUUGAAACUGGGGAUGUACAAAACAAAAAGUUCAUCUUUGAAACUUCUUCACUGGACAAAAUCCAAAAGGAACCCCUUCAGGAGAAGUCAGUAUCUGUGGAAGAACCCAUGUGGGAAACGUUGAUGUGAAAUCCAGCACCA